AUGUCCUUCUUCAACUUUCGCAAGAUCUUCAAGUUGGGUGGCGAGAAGAAGAAGAAACAAUACGAGCACGUCAAGAGGGAUCUGAACCCUGAGGAGUUCUGGGAGAUCAUCGGAGAGCUGGGAGAUGGUGCUUUCGGCAAAGUGUUCAAGGCUCAGAACAAAGAAACAAAAGUACUGGCUGCUGCAAAAGUUAUUGAUACUAAAUCAGAAGAAGAACUUGAAGAUUACAUGGUUGAGAUUGAUAUUUUAGCAUCCUGUGAUCAUCCUAAUAUUGUUAAGCUCCUAGAUGCUUUCUACUACGAAAACAAUCUGUGGAUCCUGAUCGAAUUUUGUGCAGGUGGAGCAGUAGAUGCAGUAAUGUUGGAACUUGAAAGGCCGUUAACAGAGCCACAGAUCAAAGUGGUGUGCCGGCAGACACUGGAAGCACUGAACUACUUGCAUGAAAAUAAGAUCAUCCACAGAGAUCUAAAAGCUGGCAAUAUUCUUUUCACAUUAGAUGGAGACAUUAAACUAGCGGAUUUUGGAGUAUCGGCUAAAAACACAAGAACAAUACAAAGAAGAGAUUCUUUUAUUGGUACACCAUAUUGGAUGGCUCCAGAAGUAGUAAUGUGCGAGACCUCUAAAGACAGGCCUUACGAUUACAAGGCUGAUAUUUGGUCUCUUGGCAUUACUUUAAUAGAAAUGGCUCAAAUAGAGCCCCCUCAUCAUGAGUUAAAUCCAAUGCGAGUGCUUCUGAAAAUAGCAAAAUCUGAUCCACCUACAUUAGCACAGCCUUCAAAAUGGUCAUCAGAUUUUAAAGAUUUUUUGAAGAAAUGUUUGGAAAAGAAUGUAGAUGCAAGGUGGAGUGCAACUCAGCUUCUACAGCAUCCUUUUGUUACUGUUACUUCCAAUAAACCAAUAAGAGAAUUGAUAGCAGAAGCUAAGGCUGAAGUUACAGAAGAAGUUGAAGAUGGUAAAGAUGAGGAUGAAGAAGAAGAAACAGAAAAUUCUCUGCAAUUACCUGCGGAGAAGCGUGCAUCCUCUGACCUUAGUAUUGCCAGCUCUGAAGAGGAUAAACUUUCACAGAAUGCCUCUGUUCUGGAGUCUCUUUCUGAGAAAACAGAAAGCAAUGUGGUUGAGGACAAAGUCAGCACUGUAUUUCCAGAUGACAAAACAACUGGAGAUGAAUCUGAGGACAUUAAAUUUAGAAAAACAACUGAUAACCUAUAUGAUACUGCUGGUGGUGAUAUGAAAGUGCAGAAUGGUUCUGUGCCAACUGGUAAAGAUGAGCAAGGCAAAAUAAUGCCAGCUGAAAAGAAUGCAGAAAGCAUGGAAAAACCACAUGAAGAUACGGACCCCCAGAAAGGAGGGGAAGAACUUGUGGUAACAAAAUCAGAACAAAAGGAUGAACCCAACCUAAAAAUAGAGCAAGAAAAUGACACGGGAAAUGAGCAGGCAGAAGAUAAUAAACUGAAAAUAGUAUCUACAGCUGAAAAGAGUGUUGAAACUGAAGUAGUCAUUUCAAAGGAAACUGGUGAAAAAGAGGAGGAGGAGAACGGAACAGAUCUCUCGGAAAUUAAGGGAGAGAAGGUCCCCGCAGAAAACAGCGCGGAGCAAAAGGAAGAUAGAGGUACAGCUCAGAAAGAGGUGAUAGCAGACACCACUGCACAAACACUGCCUAAUGCUGGAGAUAAAGGGGCUGAUGAGGGAAAGGAACUCGGAAAGUGUGGAAUUGAUAACAUUAAGGAGAUGGGUGGUAUUGCUGAAAUACAGAUCAGUGAUGGGGAUAAAAUACCUGAGACGGAGGAUAAGCCAGUGGAAAGUCAGGCUAAGCAGGUACAUGAGAUAAUCAGCUCUGAAGAAACUCUGUCGGAAAGCCAGGAUAAAGCGAUCAGCGUAGACGAGAAACUGGCAGAAAGUGAAAAUAAGGAUAUUGGUAAUAUAAGAAGCAUGGAGGAAACAGAGGUCAAAGAUUCUGGAAAAGAUGAUGUAGACCAGAAGGCAGUACAGAGCAAGCCUGAGGAUAGUAAAGUGGGGGAUAAACUGACUGAUGGGAGCCAAAAUUCAGAAGAGCUCAGACCUGAGAAUAUCCAGGAAAACAAUACUCAGGUAGACAAAGACCACUCAGAAGUUACUUCCCAUGAAAUAAUGAAAAAUAAGCUUCAAGAUACCGUCAGUGAACAAGCUGAUGACUCUGAAGUCACUCCAGUCCCCAGUAUUAGUAUUAGCACUGAAGAAAAUGAGAAGGUCAAAACAGAUAAUCAAGACAAUACUGAAACUUUACAGCAGCUAGAUUUGGAGAAUUUGAAGGAAAAUGAUGCAGAUUCAGGCACUGGUUCUACGGCUGAUAACAGCAGCAUCGAUUUGAACUUGUCGAUUUCUAGUUUCCUUAGUAAAAACAAAGAGACAGGAUCAAUAUCUUUACAGGAAACUAGAAGACAGAAGAAAACUUUAAAGAAAACUCGGAAGUUUGUUGUUGAUGGAGUAGAAGUGAGUGUAACCACAUCAAAAAUAGUUACUGAAAAUGACUCCAAGAGUGAAGAGAUGAGAUUUCUACGACGUCAAGAGCUAAGAGAGCUAAGGCUACUUCAGAAAGAGGAGCAGAGAGCCCAACAGCAACUCAGUAAUAAGCUUUUGCAACAACGAGAACAGAUAUACAGACGUUUUGAACAGGAGAUGACAAGUAAAAAGCGACAGUAUGAUCAAGAAAUAGAAAAUCUAGAGAAACAGCAGAAACAGACAAUAGAGCGCUUGGAACAGGAACAUACAAAUCGUUUACGAGAUGAAGCAAAACGCAUCAAAGCAGAACAGGAGAAGGAAUUGUCCAAAUUCCAGAAUGUGCUGAAGAACAAAAAGAAGGAGGUUUUAUGUGAAGUGGAGAAAGCACCAAAAGAGCUGAGAAAAGAGCUCAUGAAACGCAAGAAAGAGGAGCUUGCACAAAGCCAGCAUGCUCAGGAGCAGGAGUUUGUGCAGAAGCAGCAACAAGAACUGGAUGCAUCUCUGAAGAAAAUUAUUCAGCAGCAGAAGACAGAACUAGCCACUAUUGAACGAGAUUGCCUCAACAACAAGCAGCAGCUCAUGAGAGCACGCGAAGCUGCAAUCUGGGAGCUGGAAGAGCGACAUCUACAAGAGAAGCAUCAGCUUCUCAAGCAGCAACUCAAAGAUCAGUACUUCAUGCAGAGACACCAGCUGCUCAAGAGGCAUGAAAAAGAAACAGAACAAAUGCAGAGAUACAAUCAACGCCUUAUUGAGGAGUUAAAGAACAAGCAAACUCAGGAACGAGCGAGACUGCCUAAAAUCCAGCGAAGCGAAGCAAAGACUCGAAUGGCUAUGUUUAAGAAAAGUUUAAGAAUCAAUUCCUUAGCCUCUCCAGACCAAGAUCGUGAAAAAAUUAAGCAGUUUGCCGUUCAGGAAGAAAAAAGACAGAAGAACGAGAGACUGGCUCAGCAUCAGAAACACGAAAACCAAAUGCGGGACCUUCAGUUGCAGUGUGAAGCAAACAUCAGAGAACUUCAUCAGUUACAGAAUGAAAAAUGCCAUCUACUGGUUGAGCACGAGACUCAGAAGCUUAAAGAGCUGGAUGAAGAGCACAGCCAAGAACUGAAGGAAUGGAGAGAGAAAUUGAGGCCAAGAAAAAAGACGCUGGAAGAAGAAUUUGCCAGAAAAUUGCAGGAACAGGAAGUUUUCUUUAAAAUGACUGGAGAAUCCGAAUGCCUUAACCCUUCCACACAAAGCCGGAUUUCCAAAUUCUAUCCGAUCCCCAGCCUUCACUCCACUGGGUCGUAA